UGGAGUGCAAUGGUGCGAUCUCAGCUCACUGCAACCUCCGCCCUGGCUCGCUGGGUCCAUCCCUUCUGCAGGUAAGAUGUCAAUAUUUACCCUACUGACCGUGGCCAGUUCUUGGUAUUGCUCAAGUCCCCUGGGUCUUCAGACUGGCAGGUGACUUAAGGGACCAACCACCCUGGGCCUCUCCUGGGACAAACACUUGGCGUCACCCAUUAUCAUGUCUUGUUCAGCCUCAGAGGAGCGUGGUUGGGGUGGAUUACUUCAUGCCUUGAUUCUGCCUUGCCGGAAACCACGGUGGCAGCAGGCUUGGGUGUCACCAAGUCCUCACGUUUCAUGCUAUUUCUGGAGGUUCUGGCCUUUGUGGCCUCGGAAAGGAAGGUGAUCUGGUGCUUUGGGGAAGGCCCUCAGGAUGCUCCUCCAGAUGGUCUUCUUCAGGCCUUUUACUCAGCAUUGAUCUGAUCAGUUCUGCCAGCUCUGGGCCAUGAUCUCUGGCACCUCGCGGCUUUCCGUCAAUAAUUUCAUAAACUCCAGACUUCUGUCUUUUGUAUGGAAAGCACGCGAUGCCCAUUUCAUAUGACACCGCACCCUGGAGCCCAAACGUCAGCCCUGCUGGUGUGGGGUUUGUUGGGGACUAUUUCGGGCUCAGGUCUAGGGGGGGCUUCCCCAGGGCAGGCGCGUCCUGGUCCCCAUCUGAGGCCGUGGGCUCCUGGCAGGAGGACCUGGAGUUUUCAGAUCCCCAGGAAGCAUGCAUUUCUCCCGACUCUAGGGCACAAACUGCCCUUUGCUGGCGUUGGGCACGGAUCAUGGCCUGGCAGAAGCCCACGACACCGGUGGAGCAGGCGGUGCCCCCCGCCCGGGACUCCUCGAGGGUGAUGGCUCCGGGAGGCCUAGGCUGGGACAGAGCGGGACCUCCUGGUUGGUCAGCAGCGUGCUCCCGGCUGCCACUUUCGGAGGCUUGGGUUUGGAAGACACCACCUGCCAUCCCGUCGCGCCUCUCGGGGUCUGCUCCCCUGGACUGACCCUGCUCACGUGCGCGGCUACUAGCUGGCGGCCAGGAGCCAGUGGCAGGCGCGGCCGGUGGGACGCUGGGCAGGAGGAUGCGCUAGAGCCCGUCGGGCAGCGCCGACCCGUAAGGCAGCUGGAAGGGUGAGCAAACAGCCGCGUGGGCGGCUGAGGGGCUGAGCCGGCUGACGGGCUGAGGGGCUGAGGGGCUGAGGCGGCUGAGGAGGCUGAGGGGCUGAGGCGGCUGAGGAGGCUGAGGGG